GCGAGAGCGUGGUCACGUGGUCGCCGCCGCCACUUUCCUCCCCCCAACUCCCUCCUCCCUGUUCUCUUUCAGGUCGGGCCAGGCCGGGCGGGUUCCUCUGGUGCCCAAGAGAGAGGAGGGGAGGAGGAGAGGAGGAGGAGGAGGAGGAUUAUUAGCGGGGAGCGUGAGCGUCCGCUGCCCAGUAAAACUUCUAAAGAUUUGUAGAAGAUAGAAAACAACCCAAAAGGCUCAAGCACUAUUGUACUCUUUUGCAGCAUUGGUUUCUUUGAUUUUGAUUAUCUUCACCAUUUUGUAGGAUUUAAGGGAAGUAAGUGUGCUCUUCAGAAGAUAGUCUCAGCAGCCAGUUGUGAAACUUUGUGUCGACCUGCUGACCCUUGUUCAGGGAUGCAGUCUGUAUUCUUCCUGGCUGGGUCGUCUAACAACAGAACAAAUAAGGAAAAAAGGAAUAAUUCUAGAUUAACCUGGAUUAGAUUAAACAAAAAAUCAUAAACAGCAUUUCAGUGUUUGAUAAACUCAGGAACAUAAUUUAUUGGAGAAAAGAUUCCUAAGCAGCAAUGGAAGUUUGUGCUUUCUGUGCUGUAAAUCUGCCAGCAUGGUCCUAACAUAAGUCACUGGAUGUGAGCUGAGAGUUCUAAGAAGAUAAGAGAGGAAAAAUAAUACUGGAAAUGUAGUGUCCUUGGCCUCAUAUAUAUAUAUAAUUUUACAGAUAUCCAUCACUUUGGGUGAUCGUUGCCAUUACUAGCUAUGUUUCAUUCCUUCUCGGAAACUCGUCACCCUUUGCAGGCUGAAGAACAAGAAGUUGGCGUUGACCCUUUGCUGGGUUACUUGAAGUCUGAAGGUGAAUCCAAUGAAAAUGGAAGAAUAAAUCCUACCACGGACUCUGAUGGAACUUUUAUUUCCUACAGUAAAGAAUGGGAAGAACUAUUUGUAAACAACAAUUACUUGGCAACUAUACGGCUGAAGGGGAUUAAUGGGCAGCUGAGAAGCAGCAGGUUCCGCAGUGUUUGCUGGAAGCUUUUUCUGAAUGUUCUUCCUCAAGAUAAAAGUCAGUGGACCAGCCAAACUAAGGAAUUGAGAGCCUGGUACAAUAACAUCAAAGAAAGACAUAUUACCAACCCUCGGAAGGCUGCGGGACAGCAAGAUUUGAUGAUCAAUAAUCCUCUCUCCCAGGAUGAAGGGAGUCUUUGGAACAAAUUUUUCCAGGAUAAAGAGCUUCGAGCAAUGAUUGAACAAGAUGUCAAAAGAACGUUUCCUGAAAUGCAGUAUUUCCAGCAAGAAAAUGUGAGAAAAAUUCUUACAGAUGUUCUUUUCUGUUAUGCGAGAGAAAACGAGCAGUUGCUUUAUAAACAGGGUAUGCAUGAGCUGUUGGCCCCAAUAGUCUUUAUCCUCCACUGUGACCAUCAAGCCUUCCUACACGCGAGUGAGGCGGCGCGGCCAAGUGAGGAAAUGAAAGCUCUUUUGAACCCUGAAUAUCUGGAACAUGAUGCCUAUGCGAUGUUUUCACAUCUUAUGGAAACUGCUGAACCCUGGUUUUCAACUUUUGAGCAUGAUGGUCAAAAGGGGAAAGAUACAGUGAUCACAACCAUCCCAUUUGCCAGACCACAGGAUUUAGGCCCAUCCAUUGCUAUUGUUACAAAAGUAAACCACAUUCAAGACCAUCUGCUGAAGAAGCAAGAUAUUGAACUCUACAUGCACCUGAACAGACUAGAAAUUGCUCCACAAAUUUAUGGGCUGCGAUGGGUCCGAUUGCUUUUUGGACGAGAAUUCCCUCUUCAGGAUCUUCUGGUUGUCUGGGAUGCUUUAUUUGCAGACAGCAUCAAUCUGGGCUUAGUGGACUAUGUUUUUGUAGCUAUGUUGCUAUAUAUUCGUGAUGCAUUGAUCUCCAGUAACUAUCAAACCUGCCUGGGACUUCUGAUGCAUUACCCACCAAUCGGGGAUGUACAUUCACUUAUCCUCAGGGCCCUUUUCCUUCGAGACCCAAAGAGAAAUCCAAGACCAGUGACGCACCAGUUCCAACAAAAUUUAGAUUAUUACAAGGCAUGUGGAGCAGACCUUAUGAAUAAAACCAGGGCUAAUGCCAAAGCUGCCCCUCUGAACAUAAACAAGGUCUCCAACAGCCUCCUUAAUUUUGGCAGAAAGUUAAUUGGUCCAGCAAUGACCACGGGCAAUGCUGUAGGCCCUGUUCCCAGCAGCAAUAGUGCUAUCUCUCCUGCUGGGAUGACGGUCAGGACCCCCGCAGAGGCCCCUCGUCACCAUCACCCACCGCAGCAAAUGCAGCAGCAAAGAAUGAUGAAAUCAGAGAGCAUGCCGGUUCAGCUCAGCAAAGGAGAUGUAGUUACAGGAAGCGAUGCUCAGGUUUCUGUUCCUGUCCAGACUCUAACUGACCUCCAAGGACACAGUACUAAGAACAUCAGUUCAUCUCCCAGCAUUGACAGCUUGCCCGGGGGAAGGGAGUUCACAGGUUCCCCACCCUUAUCUGCUACCAAGAAGGACUCUUUCUUCAGCACCAUCUCCCGUUCCCGCUCCCACAGCAAAACCAUGGGCAGAAAAGAAUCUGAAGAAGAGUUAGAAGCUCAAAUUUCAUUUCUUCAAGGACAGCUGAAUGACCUGGAGGCCAUGUGCAAAUAUUGUGCUAAAAUGAUGAACACUCACCUGGGAAAUAUUCAAGAUGUCAUAUUACAGGAAAAUUUGGAGAAGGAAGAUGAAAUACUGGUCUCCUUAGCAGGAUUAAAGCAGAUCAAAGAUAUUCUCAAGGGCUCCCUGCGCUUCAACCAGAGCCAGCUGGAAGCCGAGGAGAACGAGCAGAUCACCAUAGCGGACGACCACUACUGCUCCAGCAGCCAGAACCAAGCGGGCCACGGGCUCCCCCUGGACCCGUCCUGGAAGCAGCACUUCCAGGCACCCCAGCAGACCCCCGCUGGUUUGCCCGGGAGCUCCGAAAGCAAGAGUUCAGACGAUUACAUUCUGGUUUCCAAAGAAGAGGAGGAAGGCAGUGGGAGCGCAGCCUCGGGCCGGGCUCAGCCCCUCCGCACCCACAAGGGUCCGUCAGGGAAGAGCGAGGUGCUUUCCCGGGUGUCCCUGGUAUUCUCCGACCCGCUGAUGGGCACGUCCGUGUCCUCCAGCACCCUGAGCUCCAGCCCCGACGACGACGAUAGCAGCAAUAACAGCAAGGAUUCCGAUUUCACCAUCGUGAGCCCCCUGGACGUCUAAGUGCGGCCGUCGGAGCCCUCGCCCGAGGCGCCCAUGGCCUCCGGAGGACUGACUUAACUCCAACCGUCCCUAAAGCCUAAAUAGUCACUCAGCAUACACUUGGGAUAAGUACAUUGGAGCACUGCCAAGGGAAUAAAAAUUAAGUGAGCAGGGCCCUAAAGCAGGCCUGGCUGUGUCCACCAGACUCUCCGUGGGCUGGUCUGAGCCCUUCCACCGGGAUCGGGCCUCACACGUGCUCCCGGCCAUUGGAGUCACUUCCCGGGGCCUCAUCCUGCCAGGAGAAGAAGGGGAUGGAGGGUUCUUACAUCGUAUCUGGAAGGAAGACUAGGUUGUCGCAGCCUGGCAGAGUUGAAGGCCAUCGUGGAAGGCUCCUCUCCCCACAUCUGGGUCCCAGUCAGAGUGCUUCUUUCUCAGAGGCCCCCGUCAGUGAUCAGAAUAAAAUGAUCAGGACAAAGGGUGGGUUUAAUAGGGAGAACUUGAGCUAGUUUAGGCUCAAUCUGCCUUCAGAUUUGAUAGGAAAAUGCUUGUGGUUUCUAGAUAUAGAACUAAAUGAUCAAAAUCAUGUUUUGAUGUAUUAUGGAGCCAGAUUUCUUACUUGGUUUGGACAAGACAUUUCUCAGCCGCUGGGCUAAUCAGGGCAAGACCCCCUUGGCCAUUAUCAUUCCACGCACCCAGGUUUGGACAGCAGUCCAAUAUUACCUUGAAAGUAUAUCACAAAAUUAAAAAGUAGGGCAUUUGAAGCUGUUUUAAAAGCAACAAGAAAACUCCUAUUCUUUAAGUUGGAAGUUAUCUGUUUGCUGUGUUGCUCCAUUAAUGAUGGAAAGCAAACCCCUUUCAAAACAAGCCAGAAGCACAAAUCCUGAGCUUCAAUUUGUACUUUUCUGGCUUUCUCAGUUCCCAUGCCUUGUCCCAGAGAAAAGGGUGAAGAGAAGGGCUGACCGGCUUACCGUCCCAAAUCCGACCCCUUCCCACCUUUCUCUCCUCGUCACUCUGCCCUCUGCCCCCAGUGACCACCUCUGCCCUAACAGAGCAAUGGUGAGGGCCGGAGGCAGGGAGACGAAGCAGGUGCGGAGAGGGCAGAACGGAUUCGAGACGUACAUUCCUUAUCUGAGGCCAUGGGAGAUGGCCUCUCAGAGGGGCUAGUUUCCUCACCGGGCAUCUGAGUUGAGAUAAUCUGCUCCUUUGGUAGUUAAGUCUUAGACACACUGGUUUCUGAGCAAUCGGAGAUUAAGUACUGCUCCUCAUCAAAGUCUUGUUCACGACAUGCGAAACUGGCCACUUAGCAAUUACCAUAGCUUGGAAAAUAGAUAUUAGGAAAUGGGGUUACAUACUAGCAGCCUAAUUCUUUAAAGGAAAGAAGAGAACUGAGAAAAGAAAAAUGUUUCAUUUGCCUUACCUAGUUUCCUUGUAUAAAUGGCUACCCUGACUUUAAUGAAGGCGGCACCUUGGUAUAGAUUAAGCUGGACCCACAUCAGCUCCUUCCCCAAGAGGAGCCUUUGGCAGAGGAUCAGCCCACGAAGCCAGUGGUCUACUGUGACCCCCGGAUGGGAGUGGGUUUGAGAAGGUUUUAUGGAAGCAAUAUCCCUCUGUGAGCUUGGGAAGAUGGGAGGAGAAACUGAGGUACGACUGCAUUGACAGAAGCACUUUAUAGCCGGUUGCUCCUUGCCUUGUAGACGUUGGACAAUGACCUCAUGUCCUCCGUGAUAGAGGAGAUAAUGGCAAGUUAGUGACAUCUGACCGUGAUGGAGAAGAUCGCAUUUGUUCCAGGACUUGUUUCUAACAUCAGUAGGAAAAACCAUCCCUAACAUUUAGUGCAUAAGGUGUUUGAUUGUUGUCUUUUGCUGAGAUAAAGCAUCAUUCAUCCCAGCCUUGCUUGGCGGAUGUGUUAAGUAUUGUAGUUAUCACCUCUUAAUUUUAAAUGGUUCUCUCGGCACCCCCAGAAGGGGAGCUUGCGGAAAGGGCUUUGCCAAACUGCUGCCUUCCAAACCUCUCAAGUGUUUGCCUGACUCCCGUCCUGUGGCAGUGUGACUUGGAGCUUCUGACCCCUCGCCCCACUUGGUAUGCUGGCUCUGGUGAAAGGUGGCUCGGUCCUGGGAGGGGCUCCCUGGGAGCCCGGCGUUGUCUAGCUUGGAAUUAACUGGGCCGGACACUGGGACACAGGGCAACGGGUGCUCGUGCCUGAGGCAAAGGCGUCCUGUCUUUGAGACCCUGACCCGAGAUCGCUUGUGCCUUGUGAGCCACGGCAGCGAUACCCAGGUUUUGCUUGCUUAACUUGGCCAAAUCAAGACUGUUGGGCAUUCAGCUGGCAGGUCAUCCCGGGAGCUUCUUGCCUGAGCUGUUUGGUUUGGUGCCGUUAGCCAGGCUGUGGGGGGCAGCUUCCUUUUCCUCUCCAGGAGAAGGGGGUCAAGGGGUGUUUUUUGUUUGUCUUCAAAAACCAGAUGAAAACUAUCCUUUUCUUUGAACCCUUAAAGCCUUAACCCUUCCAGCUGACAGAAUUGUUUAUUCUGUAGCCCAAAGUAUUCUUUGUUUUGCCUUUAAGGAAGGAGAUGUUCUGGAGUAAGCAAAGCUCAUGAGCAACACCGUCCCAGACAACUACAAGUUAGGGGGGCUCUUUUCAGCCUGUCACUUCCUCAUUUAGGGAGUGAUUAGCUUUUCUGAUGCCCUUUUUUUUUUUUUUUUUCUAUUUCAACACUGUUCAUAUCUCUAGUCUCUGUGCCAUGAAGAAAGAUAAAGGGUUCAGUCUUUUUUGUUAUCUUAUCAGAUACUUAAGUUUAAUCAUUCUUUCAAAAAAAAAAAAAUGAAACUUUUUUUUGCUGGUUUUUAAGUUGUUUUUUUUUUCUUUUUUUGGGUGGGGGAGAGGUGAUGGUUCUGUAUCAACAACUUUUUAGAAAUCAGUGACUUUUUUGGUUUAAUGCUACCUACCACGUCUUGAUUUUUUUAAGGUUUAAAGCACAUUUUAUAUCAGUAAGAUUUAAGUCAAUCCUGUUAGUCAACUUUAUAGUUUUCUUUUUUAUUGUAUCCUCAUGCAUCUCAAAUAUAUGCUAUCACAUGAUCAGACUGGAAAUGUUGUGUAGACUCAGCUCCCCGCAGUGAGUCUGAGAGAUGCAGGUGGGAGAGAGAAACCAGAGUCGUCCCGACAAGGUUCUGUGAUGUCCAGGAAGGAUUUGCCACUUUAAAAUGACCUGAAUUCUUCUUCCAAAGAUGAGCUCCUCCUCACAAAGUCCAAUGGCAGCCAUAUUCCCAUAGGGAAUAAUAUGCAUAGUGUAGUAGUUCAGUGUGAAUGAGUGAAUGUGAGAUUUCAGACAGGCCUGGACCUCCCUGUGCUCACUGCCCAUCCCGUGGGACUGGGCCCGUCUUGCGCCGGAGAAGCAUCUGCAGGAAGCCACUGAGGCUGCGUCUUGCUUGGGGUGAGCGUGUGGGAGUUUCCUAGCUGGAGCAAUGUCUAGCCUGCUUUAUUAAAGAAACCGCUAACAAACACAAAAC